AUGGCUGCCACUCCGGUCUACUGCCCUUCAACGAGCGACACCUCCAAUGGAGAAAUCCAAGAGCCCAUGAAAAAACGUGGUCUAAAAUCGCGGCAUGCACAGCUCAUUGCUCUGGGCGGUACCAUCGGUACCGCCUUGUUCGUGGGCAGUGGUGUGAACCUUGCGAAGGGUGGUCCGGCCUUCAUGCUGAUCGCUUAUAUACUCAUGUCAGAAUUCUACUUCGCGUCGCUCAAGGUUAUUACAAUCAUUGGACUUCUCAUACUCUCGUUCGUGAUCUUCAAGUGGGGAGGACCCGGAAACCCAAGGCUUGGCUUCCACUACUGGAAAGAUCCGAGUGCUGUCAACCCUUAUAUUCUCGAGGGCUUGGCAGGCUAUGCGGUCAGCUUCUGGAGCACACUGAUCUCGGCACUUCUUCCUUUCUCGUUUGCCCCAGAAAUGCUUGUUUUCUGUUGCGGUGAAAUGAAAUCGCCUCGUCGCAACCUUCCUAGGGCUGCAAAGAGCUUCAUUGUCCGCAUUCUUGUAUUUUAUGUUGGCUCUGUCAUCGCCAUUGGUGUUAUCUGUCCUUCUAAUGAAAAGGAGCUCACUAAUGGCACCUCAGGUGCUGGCUCAUCACCUUUUGUCCUUGGAAUUAAGAGAGCUGGCAUCAAAGGACUUGACAGUGUGAUCGAUGCUGCGAUUCUCACUUCUGCCUGGUCUGCCGGCAAUGCAUUUAUCUUCCAGUCUAGCAGAUCUCUCUACUCGAUGGCGCUUAAAGGACAAGCACCAAAAAUCUUCACAAAGUGUACCUUACGUUGUGUCUUGGCCAGCUCCGCCUUCUCUCUGCUGGCGUACUUGAAUGUCAGCUCCAAGGCGGGUGAGGUCUUUAGCUGGUUUGUCAACCUUGUGAACACUGCUGUAUUCAUUUCCUGGAUUUGCUGCGCUAUCAGUGCAUUCGCUGCUCAAGAGCUCCCAAGUGAGGACCUCCCAUACACCUCAAGGUUUCAGCCGUGGAGCUCCUACGCGUGUAUCGGGAUUUUUUCAGUACUCUACUUGAUAAAUGGAUUUGAGGUCUUCUUGCCGUCCUCGUGGUCGGUGUCUUCCUUUUUCAGCGCCUAUAUCGGCAUCCCCAUAUUCUUGAUACUAUAUUUUGGCCACCGGCUCACUGCUGGAAGAUCAGAUGCCUGGUGUUAUUCCCUGCAUGAUAUUGAUCUCACAACCGGGUUGGAGGAUCUCAAGGCCGAAGAGUAA